AGUGCUUGGCUGUGCCCCUCCUGAGUGCUCCCUGGGAAAGUGACGAUGAUCACGUUCAUGAACAACUCGGACAGCGAGGAGGAGCCCUGCAAUGAGAGAACAUCCCUGAUGUCUGCAGAGAGCCCUCCAGUACCCUCCUACCAGGACGGCCUGCAAGCCUCAGAAGCAGGGGAAGCGCAGCCACACAGGAAGAGGCGACCAGGGAGCAGCCGUACCCCUAACAAUGUUGCUGAUGGGGAUGUGUCUGACUCGGGUGUUCCAGUGAGAGAAAGCACCUUGGAAAAUGAAGAGGAGGAACUGACUCUGAAAUAUGGAGCAAAGCAUGUAAUCAUGCUCUUUGUGCCUGUCACCCUUUGUAUGAUUGUUGUCGUCGCCACCAUAAAGUCAGUGCGCUUCUAUACGGAGAAAAACGGGCAGCUGAUCUACACCCCUUUCAGUGAGGAUACCCCAUCUGUGGGCCAGCGUCUUUUGAACUCGGUGUUGAACACUAUCAUAAUGAUCAGCGUCAUCGUUGUAAUGACCGUCUUCCUAGUUGUGCUCUAUAAAUAUCGCUGCUACAAGUUCAUCCAUGGGUGGCUGAUCCUGUCCUCUUUGAUGCUGCUCUUCCUCUUUACCUACAUAUAUCUUGGUGAAGUAUUGAAGACGUACAACGUGGCCAUGGAUUACCCCACUCUGUUCUUAGUCAUCUGGAAUUUUGGAGCUGUCGGAAUGAUUUGCAUACACUGGAAAGGUCCCUUGCAGCUCCAGCAAGCAUAUCUCAUCAUGAUCAGUGCUCUGAUGGCACUGGUUUUCAUUAAAUAUCUACCUGAGUGGUCAGCAUGGGUGAUUCUAGGUGCAAUCUCCAUCUACGAUCUGAUGGCUGUUCUCUGUCCCAAGGGGCCACUGAGAAUGCUGGUAGAAACUGCACAGGAGAGGAAUGAGCCCAUUUUUCCUGCAUUAAUAUAUUCCUCUGCUAUGAUGUGGACAGUUGGAAUGGCAAAGCCAGACACAGCAGCAAGAGGACCAAGUCAGCAGAUGUGGGAUGCAGAGGAGGGGAGAGAGAACCACAGGAGCCCUUCACACGCAGACUCUCAGAUGUCGGAGAUGAGGAGUCCUCUUCCAACCCGCCCCAUCACUUCUGUCGAGGAGCUAGAGGAGGAGGAAAGGGGUGUGAAGCUGGGCCUUGGAGACUUCAUAUUUUACAGUGUGCUUGUCGGAAAAGCAGCUGCCACAGCCAGUGGAGACUGGAAUACUACGCUGGCCUGCUUUGUAGCCAUUCUCAUAGGUUUAUGCUUAACUCUUUUGUUACUGGCUGUUUUUAAGAAAGCACUGCCUGCUCUUCCCAUCUCCAUCACCUUUGGCUUGGUCUUUUACUUCUCGACAGACAACAUCGUGCGACCAUUCAUGGACACCCUGGCCUCCCACCAGCUGUAUAUUUAGAAGAAGUGGGAGUCAGAGGAUUCCUUUUAAAGCUUUGCUGUGAAGUAUGGUACACUGUUUGGAAUAAGUCAUAAUGUUUUACACUU